CGCGCGCCCCGACAUCACGCGCCCAAUACGUGUCACGUUCGCGAUACACGCCGUCCGUUCGCACACGUGUGCCAAGUGCUAAGUGUUUUUGAGUGCCUAUUGCCGUGCCAGGCUCUGUACCACCUGUCCAAAUACCCAUUGAUUGACGACGCAGACUGGAAUUUUAAACGGAAAACAAAGGACUGUGUGUUUAGUUUGUUUGUUCGCCUGUCGUUGAAGGAAUUUCAUAUUGUGUUGUGACAGAUAAGUCACGUGCAAAGUGCGAUGGAAUGAAAUCUGAAUCAAUAUGAGCGGGUGCGAGGCGUGCGGCGGGUCGGCCCACUAGAGAUGCGCUCCAAGCAGCAGCCCAGACCCUCCUACCGCUGGCUCGGUGCGAACGAUAACGAAGAAUCGACCAGUCCUGAAGGCGGGGUGAAGGAGAUCAGAGAACGAGGGUCGGCGGGGUCCUUGUCCCCCGCCAGCCCGGAGUCCCCCACGACCCGCGCCUCGGGCUCCCCUGACGACCGCGACCUGGAGCACCGCAUACCGGCCACCUUCAUCCAGGACCCUCACGCUGAAAGGGACAGUCCGAGAUGUCUGUCGCGCGAGUCGUCGGGAGCCCCGCGCUGCCCCUCCAGCGACUCCGUGUACUCCGGCCGCAGCGCCCCCGGUCUGCCGCUGCCCGCUGCACUCCCCGCCGGCCUGCCUGCAGCGCUGCUGCCGCCGCACUCGGCCGCCGUGGCCGCCUACCUGGGGGCGGCGGCGGCGGCGGCCCAGCAGCGCCUCCUCAUGUCGUGCCACGAAGAACUCGCGGACGCCGAGCGCGCCGAAGCCGUGUUAGACUUCAGUACAAAACGAAGUGAGUCCCCCCAAGACGACGAUGACGCUGAUCCGGAUGACGCGGUCAACCUUAGUAAAAAUGAAAACGGUCCCUUAGACCUAUCCGUGGGCACCAGGAAACGGAGUCCAGUAGACUCUCCAUCGCCAGUCCCCAGUAGGAAAAAUUCUAGAUCCGCUGAAUUUAAGCCGAUCACAUCGCCUUGGUCGACGCCGGUCGCGCCGCAUCUCCCAUACUUCGCGGCUGCCGUGGCGGCAGCGAGCUUGUCGCCUAAAGGCGGCGUUCCGGGUGACUGGAAUGGAAAACUUAAGCAUGGUGCGCCGACGCCCAGCGACGCUACCAAGGCAUUAGAAAAAAUGAGUGAGCUAAGUAGGUUAGGGGGAGAAGAGCUAUUUAGAUCUGUUCAGAGCGCUGCGUUGGGUGCUGGCCUUACUCCUAACGCUGCGGCAAGGCACUCGGCUUGGCAGUCUCACUGGCUAAACAAGGGUGCGGAUCAGACUAAGGAUGUUUUAAAGUGUGUCUGGUGUAAGAAAAGCUUCAACUCCCUGGCGGAUCUUACUGUGCACAUGAAAGAGGCCAAGCAUUGUGGAGUUAAUGUACCAGUGCCUGCCGCCACCGGUGCGCCCAUUCCUCCAUCGCUGCAGCCACCAUCUAGUUCACCUUCCACACCUUCGCACAAUUCUUCCUCAUCUAGCAGUUCAUCUAAACCUAAUCAUAAUGAUCUGAAUAUGUUGAUUAAAGAAAACAUGCCAAUACCGAGAAAGUUAGUUCGCGGUCAAGAUGUAUGGUUAGGUAAGGGGGCAGAGCAAACUAGGCAGAUACUAAAAUGCAUGUGGUGUGCUGAAAGCUUCCGAUCUUUGGCUGAAAUGACAAGUCAUAUGCAAAGAACUCAACAUUAUACAAAUAUUAUUUCACAAGAGCAAAUUAUUUCUUGGAAGUCCUCUGACGAGUCUAAAGGUUCAAAUUCAAGUACAACCGGGACCAACUCCACAGCCCCACCGGCAACAGGUACAAGUAGUCACGUAAGCGCUGUUUUAACCUGCAAAGUUUGCGAUCAAGCGUUCAGCUCUCUGAAAGAGUUGAGCAAUCAUAUGGUGAAAAAUUCACAUUAUAAAGAACAUAUAAUGCGCUCAAUAACUGAAAGUGGCGGUCGACGACGUCAAACACGUGAAAAACGUAAAAAAUCUUUACCAGUUAGGAAACUGCUAGAACUGGAAAGAGCUCAACAUGAGUUUAAAAAUGGUGAAGGGAACGGUGUGUCCAUGGGGAAACAAAUACGUGAUUUUGGUACUGGAAGCCGUAUAACUUGUGAAAAAUGCGGUGAUAAAAUUGAGACUGCAUUAUUUGUAGAACACAUACGACAGUGCAUAGGCGCUCCCAUGUCAAAUAACCAAAGGAACUUUCUAAAGAGCGCUCUGCUGUCGAAUAAUAUUUUACCGCCUGAUGUACCCGGCCAUGUAACACCAAACAGUCGUGACGGACGAAAAAGUAUCAAUGAUGAAAUCCCGUCACCGGGUUCCAAUCAUCACAGAUCGCCUUCAUCUGUCAAUGAUUCUUCCCCAAAUUCCAAAGAUCCCAAUGCUAGCCACGAUAAAAGCUCAUCACCUUCAGUACUUAAUGCCAUUGAGCAACUAAUAGAGAAAAGCUUUGAUACACGGUCACGACAUUCAGUUCCCGGGAUGCCUGGUGGAGCAUCACAUGCACCUAUUGGUUCAAGCAUUCUUAAAAGAUUAGGUAUCGAUGAAAGUGUAGAUUACACGAAGCCCCUUGUAGACCCACAGACAAUGAACAUGCUUAGAAAUUAUCACCACCAGCAAGGCUACGGUAGGCGUGAACGAAGCGGCAGCGAAUCUAGUUCCAUGUCCGAGCGUGGAGGUAGUAGAGUAGAGUCCCUCACACCAGACAGAAAGUUAGAUUCAUAUCACAUGACUCCCCGAACUACUCCUGAUACUCGUGGUUCGCAAACACCCGCCUCUGAAGACAGGCCUACUCAGGCCUCUGAAAUUCGGAUAAAGAAAGAGGUAACUGAUGAAGAUGAGCGUGAGAAUGGUGUUGAUUUAAGCAAUCAGCACAUUCGGGUUAAAACAGAAUUAGGUGAUGAUGAGGAACCUGCGAGACCUAAUAGUUCGAUCGAUGAAGAUAUUAAGCCGCCUGUACCUAAAAGAGAAAGUGAGGGACCCAGUCCAGUUCCCAGUCCUCGUAGUCCAUCUAGUGACCGUUCCGCUCCAACUCCGGGUUCAGAUAGAAAACCUCCUUCGAGCUUAGGAGCCUUAUCGUCGAUGUUUGAUAAUUUAGCUGGCGGAACGUCGUCUGGUGAAGCCGGUUCAUCUAGACGAAGCGGUAGUCAUCCUCUGGCAGCGUUACAGAAGCUCUGCGACAAAACUGAAAAUAGUUCUAAUAGAGCUCCAGCCCCAGCGCCGUCCCCCGCUGGUCCGCCCAGCAUCCUGACCUUCAGCUGGGCGUGCAACGACGCUGUCGUAACUGAUUCUAUAAUGAAAUGCGCUUUAUGUGAUACACCAUUUAUUUCCAAAGGAGCCUACAGGCACCACCUUUCCAAAAUGCACUUUGUCAAAGACGGGGCCUUACCCGAGCCGGUGCCCAUGAAGGCUCCUGCGGCCGCGUCGUCGCCCGGUACUCACAAGAGUGGAGGGUCAAAUGCGGCGUCUCCGCAGGAUCCGCGUAGUCCCUCGCAAUCGUUCGACGAGAGUCCGCAUUCGAAGUUUCUAAAGUACACUGAGCUCGCCAAACAGUUAUCUAGCAAGUACGUGUAGAGUGUAGUCGAUGGUGACUGCCGGGCAGUGCGAUCUGACCAUACCAUAUCUUUCUACUAUUAACCUUACUAGGGCCAUAGGUCGCGACGCGACGCUAAGUAUUUCAAAAUUUUGCCAAUUUAAUUAUUUAGGUAAUCAUUAGAGAUCGCCGCGUAGUACGGUUAGUGUAAUUAUUGUAGCGACAUAAGUAUACGCCAAACGUCUUACGUUCAUUAUUAAGCUAUAAGAAAAUAUUUUUAAAAUAUUGCCUUUAGGUGAAGAGGUUGUCGCGGUCGGAAGGUUAUAUCUUCCACGGUUUGUUGUAAUUCCAUUUCGAUACAUGUAAAUAUUACUCAAAUUAAGUCUUGAAGUUUAGAUUCGAUCUCUUGUAAAUGUAUAUUUUUUGCUAAUAAUUAAUCUAAAUUGAACGAACCCCGCUUGCCCCUGCGCCCGUGGGUGUCGUAUUCGUCGUCAGCCGUGACAUGUCUGUCAGUAUUUACAUUCGUUGCAAUAUCAAUUUGUGUUACUUAAUUAAUGUGUAAAUCAGAGUUAGGGCUAAUGUUUUUUCUUACCUUUGUUCUUUGUAUAUUUUGAAGUUUGUUUUCGUAUAAUUCUUUUUGAAAUCCGUCGAUUAAUGUAAUCUCGGAGAUUCAAUCUCACGGUUCGAUUGAUUUUGUAAAUAAACCACGACACUAAUCGUCACAACAUGCAAUAUUAAAAUCUCCUUAGUGUAAAUUCGAUCUAAGUAUUGUCUCCUCGCGGGAUUGCUAUUUAUUAUUUUAGAAUAUAAGUAUUAUUAGGAAAACCAUAAGUGAAAUCUUGUAUACCAUGGUAACAGCGCAUUAUACGGUUGUCCGAAAUUAUAUUUAAAAUUAUUAUAAAGUGAUAUGUUACUAAAUAUGUUUUCUUUGAGGACAAUUACAUUCGUAUACGUAUUGUGAGAUUAUCUUCCAAUUUUGGCAACAGUUAUACGACUAUGUAUAUACGGUAUUUGGAGUGAAAACUCUUUUAUAUUUAAUAAUAUCAUAAACGUGUAAGUUAUAGAGCGAUAUCAAUUUAUGCAACGCGAUGUGUUGUCGUAAGCGCCACAUGCAUGGGUUCUUCGAGUUGUCGGUUUAUCAAACGUCGAAGGACCAAUGGCCAUGGCGAUCGCGUCUGCAUCCAUUAUUUAUAUAUAAAUCAAGACAAAAUAAUGUAUACGCUAGCUCUGAUGAGGUUCUAUGCUCAUUCCUGUGUUGAAAUAUUCAUUUUACCAAAUUAGUAUCUUAUUUUAUAUUUUAUGUUGUAUUUCAAAAUGCAAUUAAAAGCUCAAAGAAAUAUAUAUGUUAAAUACA